AUGAUUGGCCUCUGGAUCUUCCUAGCCCUUUCUCUCAAUGGGGUGCUUAGUCAGUUCCCAAGAGUUUGCACCACAGAUGAAGCUUUGCAGACCAAAAACUGCUGCCCAAGAUGGACAGAUGGAUCCCCUUGUGGCUUCCGCUCAGGUCGUGGUCGGUGUCGUAAUGGGGUGGCAUUUAGUUCAUUAGCAGCUGGUCAGGUUCCCCUGUAUAACGAUGAUCGGUGGGACUGGCCACGAUACUAUUAUGAUAGUACCUGCGAGUGCUUUGGAAACUACGGUGGCUUUGAUUGUGGAGAUUGCAAACAUGGUUACUUCGGAGACAGGUGUGAACGAGGAAGAACCUUGGUUCGAAGAGACAUUCGGGAACUUACCUUGGUCGAGAGGAAAAGGUUCUUCAGUUACAUGGCUCUUGCUAAAACAACCAAAAGCAAGGACUUUGUGGUGCUCACCACCGGAGACAGACACCACCGUGACACAUUUCGGUUUGUGGAUGCUUCAGUCUAUGAUAUUUUUGCUUGGAUGCAUUACUACUCUAUGAAGCCAAUCAUGGUGAACAGCACAUUGGAUGCAGCCAAAAACUUUGCCCACCAAGGCCCCGUCUUCCCAGGGUGGCAUCGUCUGUCACUCAUGUUCUUGGAGAGAGAAAUUCAGCGCAUGACUGGAGAUGAAGACUUUACUUUUCCAUAUUAUGAUUGGAGAGGAGAGGGGAAUUGCUCCAUCUGUACCAACGAUUUUAUGGGGGAUAAUGAUGUGCAAGGGAGAUUGGACCCAUAUUCCCAUUUCUCCAACUGGAGGGGAAUAUGUAGCGGUUACGAUUAUCCAGACGCUUAUUGCCCAGUCGUUGAGGAACAUCAAAUGGAAACGUUGCUGAGGAAGCCUGGCACUGACCCCCUGAGUAACAGGCUCCCCUCAAUCCAAGAUGUGGAAGACACACUCCAAUGGAGAGACUUGGACACCCCUCCAUAUAAUGAGACAGCCACAAGAAGCUUCCGGAAUGCAUUAGAAGGGUUUCUGAGGCCAUCAGACGGGUUAACCUUAGAGAGGAACAUGCACAACCUGGUCCAUAUGUAUUUAGGAGGAACCAUGUCCCGUGUGCCCAUCUCCAGUAACGACCCAAUCUUUAUUGUACACCACAGCUUUAUUGACAAAAUAUUUGAUAAAUGGAUCCAGAAGUACAGUGUUUCUCCAAGUUUGUAUCCUCCAAACAACGAGCCUGGACAAGGCCCCAAUGACUGCUGCACUCCUUUCUUCCCCUGCAUUAGAAACAAAGAUCUCCUAUGGAGAACCACCCAGUUUGGAUAUAGAUAUUCUUAUUUCAAGAACUUUUAACUGGGAUAGCGACAAGCUCUUAUCAUUGAAG